UGAGAGAGCAAUCACAAUCACAGGGAGGAUUUUGGGGAUGCGCUGUUCAUUUCAGCACCACAAACCAGCAUCUGAGAGCAGAAAGAAGAUGCUUCUGAAGAUGUGAGCGUUUUGGAGCUGGCAUUUGUUUAUUUCUCGUCUGAUGUUUUUGCAUCUCCUUAUAUCACCUGUUAUCAGUCACAAAACAUGUGCGCCCGAUGCUUUUGCCCCAUGAGAAAUUCCUUCGGCCACACUCUAAAUGGUCAAAAGACACAACUUCAGCUUUGAAAUGGGCAUGGAUGUUCCCGUCCACCUGCGCCCUCAUUAGAACUUAGUCCCACCACCUGGAUUUUUCAGACUUACGAUUCCUCACAUUUUCGCCAACGAUCCUGUGGAUAUGGAUCUUGUACACUUAAGUCGGACUCAAUACCAUUUCCUCCUCUUCCUCUGUAACUGGUUACCAGUCUCCCUCCAGCGGGUGGAGACACCACCCAUUGAGUAUGCCCACUCUAUCCGUCUGGAUGGCGACAUCAUCCUGGGUGGCCUGUUUCCGGUUCACUCCCGGGGUGAGCGUGGCAUUCCCUGCGGGGAGUUAAAGAAGGAGAAGGGGAUUCACAGACUGGAGGCAAUGCUGUUUGCCAUCGACCUCAUCAACAAAGACCCAGAGCUGCUGCCUAACGUGACGCUGGGGGCCCGUAUCCUGGACACCUGCUCGCGGGACACCUAUGCUCUGGAGCAGUCGCUUACCUUUGUACAAGCUCUCAUUGAGCGCGAUGGUUCGGAUGUACGCUGUGCCAACGGAGACCAGCCCAUAUUUGCCAAGCCAGAUAAAAUCGUUGGAGUCAUUGGUGCAGCUGCCAGCUCGGUCUCCAUCAUGGUCGCCAACAUCUUGAGGCUUUUUAAGGGUGCGGGCAGCCAUUAUGUCCCCACCAAUGUCAAAUGCAAACCUAUGCCCUUGAUCACAGUGUAUGUGUCUCCAUCAAGUCUGCAAACGUAA